AUGAGCGAAAGCAUAUCAUUAAUAACUUCAUUAUUAUUACCUUUAUUAAUUUCAGUCAAGAAACGAAUGAAUCGAUUUAAAUCAAAUAAUUAUAAUCUCUCAACGAAUCCUCCUCGAGUGAAAUCAUUUCCUAUAAGUUGCAGUAUGAUUACUGAAAAUGUAGUAUCAACAUUACAAUUUUCAUUCGCAAUAACACAGGCGUUAUUCUUUAUGCUAAUAUCAAGUAUAUGUACUUUAUACCAUGUGAUAAUAUUAAAUUACGAUCUCUAUUACACGUUAACAUUUUACUUCAUUUAUGCCACUCUUUUACAUAAGAAGGGUAAACGUGUCACUUUUCAUUCACAUGAUGAAUUUAUCCUUCCAAAUUCAAUGAAUGUCAUUAUGGGGGAGGAAGACGAGAUUGAGAACAAGACGAAACGAUCGAAGGAGAGGAAGGAAAGUGGUAAUAACCAUAAGCAAAUAAGAACCGAUUCUCCUUCUAAUACUGUGGUGGUACAACACUAUCCUAUUUCGAAGAGAAAAAGAAAGAUUGUGGAUCUUACUAUUGAUACUUCAAGAAAAAUAUCAAAAUCGAGCAGCGAGAAACAUUCCGUUAUCAACAAUUUAAAACGUUAUUCUACCCCUAUCAUUAAUAACACUAAUGAUGAACAACGUUGUUAUACGUCUUUAUCCACCCCAACAACCACUUCACAUUCUUUGUAUGAUGUUGAUUCAACAUUUAAUAAAUCGAAGGCUGACACUCGUUCACAUGAACACAAUGCGACUGACGAUAAUCUUCAAGAUACUACCACUCCAUCAGGUGUGAGGAGACAUACUUGGAUAACAUUUAUUCGAAAAAAUGACAUUCAAAAUUCUUCAACCUCGAAUCAAAAUAAGCGAAAUAGCUUAGGAAUUUGGGAAAAGGUCAAGGGAAAUAUUAAUAAUGGGUCAUCGAGAAAAAAUAAUGAUAUGAAUAGCAAUAUCUCAGCAAUCAUUAAGCAGGAAAGAUCAAGAUCGAAAUUAAAAAAACAUAAAGGAUUGGAUCCUUCUCCGAUAAGUCGGUUUUCCCCUUCAAAACACUCCUCUUCUAAAAAUUUCGAUAAAAUUACAACUUUACUUCAUAAUGAGCAAAUUCCGCCUAUACCUAUUUCCCCCACCUCCACGCUCGUUAACGUAUCAAUUGAUCACGAUGUUUUAAAUGAUAAUAUUAAAGUUCGGGUAAAAAAAAGAAAUUCUUUAAAAGGUUUUCUUAAGGAAUUUACUAAUAGAAGGAAAAGAUGUGAUGAUAAAAAUUCGAAAAAGAAAUAA